AUGGCUGCAGAAGAAGCUGCUACUGCUGCCGGAGAGACUAGUCGUCAGAAGAGUUAUGCUGAUGUGAGGAGGCGGGAUCUGGAAUUUGCUGUGGGUGACCAAGUCCUUCUCAGGGUAUCACCCACUAAGGGAGUUGUUCGGUUCGGUGUCUCUGGGAAGCUCAGCCCAAGAUACAUUGGACCGUUCACUAUCUUGGCCCGAGUGGGCAGCCUGGCUUAUCGCUUGCUGCUGCCGGAUUCCAUGGCAGGGGUACACCCGGUUUUUCAUGUCUCUAUGUUGAGGAAGUUCUUGCGGGAACCGGACCAUCAGAUUGAGGUGGAACCAAUUGCGGUGCAGCAGGAUCUGACUCUGGAGUGCCGUCCGGUGCGUAUAUUGGAAUUCUCAGAGCGUGUGUUGAGGAAGAGAUCAAUUAAGUAUGUCAAGGUCUUAUGGUCUAAUCAGUCAGAGCGCGAGGCUACGUGGGAACUUGAGGAGUUGAUGCGGCAGAAGUACCCGGAACUUUUCGUUGCGGGUAAGUGUUGUUGAUUCGCUAAUCUUUUCUUGUGUCAUUCCGUUAGAAGCGUCAGAAUUCGAGGUCGAAUUCUUUUUAAGAGGGGUAGAAUGUGAUACCCGGUUUGCAAAGAAGAGAAG